GGUGACCUCACCUUAGAAAGUGCGUAGCUGCAGGAGACGGUGCCGUUUACAGCAGAGCUCAGGCGACGUGGUUGUUGAAGAAGAUAACCGUCGAGGACCCGGUGAAUCCCUCUGCUUAUGUUCCACAGACAGCGUCGUUCUCCCGACGACUACAGGUUUUAAAUGAAGGUUAUCCUAGUUUUCUGUUGAUUUGAGUUUAAGCUAGCUUGGUAGACUAAAGCCAGACUUGUUUUUUGCUCGUCUUCCCCCUCUGUCGUUUUUAAAAUACAUGUUGGGAACGUGUUCUUCUUAACAGCGAGCGCCUUUUCAUUCCCUUCUGCACUUCUAUAAUAAUUUAAUUUUUAGCUAGUCCACGUUCGUGUACAAACAGAGAUGUCAAAGGUCAGCCCCGCCCACAGCGAUGUCCCAGAGGUUCAAUUACCCACAAUUCACUGAUGCUAUGUUUACAAAACGAAUAACUUUAAACGACAAAUUGACAUUAGAUAGAAACAUAAUAAAAAAUUACACUUUUACAACUUAUUUGACUGCGUACCACUGGAACUAAAGUUAUAGGCAGACACCGUGGACAAUUUACCACAAAAGGGAGGAGGAGUCUGGGAGCAGCAGACGUACAGUAUAAAUGCACCUUGGCCACAGAUGAGACAGACAUAAAAACACUGACUCACCUCUAAACAACAUCACGUAUGAAUGUGACAACGAAAUGGAUAAUCGGAAGAUUCAGCUUUUUGUUGUGGCUUUUUGUGCUUUGUGGUACAUUGGUCAGGGCCAGUCUCUUACUAUGGCAGAGGGGAGAGGAAUAUCUGAUGAUUGGCAGGAUGAGUCACUGGAGAAAGGUGUGAGCCGUCCAAUAGCAGAGCUGAUGAAAAGAGCUAAAGCUCUUCGCUUCUACGGUCUCAUGGGGAAACGCUCAGGUGCAAACAAAUCUUUUCAAGCUGACAAAAGAAAUAAAGGAGAGAUGUUUGUAGGCUUAAUGGGAAGGAGCAUUUCCGGUGACAACUCAUUAACCAGAAUAAAACCAUCUGCAACUAUUUUGGAGAAACCACACAAGCAAGGUUCAUCUGAGGAUUUGGUCCAAAUCUUGUAUUGAUGGAGCUAACGGAAGAAAAGAAAAUGUCCAUGUUAUCAUGAGCUAUACAAUAUUACACCAACCAAAGACGUUACCAUACAUCAUACUCUUCAAAAUACGAUCUGCUUACAGCUUUGUUUCAUGCUAACAAUUAUUAAUCCUAAACAAAACAACUACCAACUUUAAAAUGCACAUUUCUGGAAAGAAAUAAAGCCAACAGCCUGUAAAUGCCGCUAAAUCUAGCUAUGUAUUUUUUGCAUGAGCAAAGCUAAACAUUCAUGUUAUCCACCACAUUUGGACCAUUUAUCAUUUACCAUUCAAAGCUUAGGAGACACGGGCAGUCUGAAAGGAAGCAAGACAAAAACGCUCUACCAUUUUUGUUGACCAUUUGCAUCAAGAAUCAUUCGACCUGGAAGGUGUGGUGCUUGAAAUAUAGAUGACAGAAUAUAAAAGUAAAAAAAAAAACACCAAUAAGCAAAAAAUUGGCAUAAAAACAAAGAAGAACACUGCUCUCUUGACAGUUCGUAGGUCUAGGCUACUUGUGGCUGGUGAGGCUGAGAUGAGUUAUUCAGUAGCCUGAGGUUCUUAGUGCUUAUGUCCCUUUGGGAGGAGUCCACUUUAGUGAGCUUGGGUCGAUGGUUUUGUUGCUAUUGCCUCGCUUGAUUUCUUUUGCCUUCCACUCAUCAAUUAGGUCCUAGGGAAAACAACAUUUAGAAAAGUAACUCUUAUUGUUAUUAGUUUUUUGGCUGAUAAAAAUGUUAGAAGCAGAGUGUGUGUGUGUGUGUGUGUGUGUGUGUGUGUGUGUGUGUGUGUGUGUGU